UGAGCAGACUCAGGGUCACACUCCUACCAUCGCAUCACAUCACAUCAUACAAGCAAACAUACACACACACUCAUACAUACACACACCUACUAGAGCAAUGUGUUUCCAGUUGUGUUAUAAUAUGAAUAUUUCAUUUUUCCACCGAGCCUGAGCCUGCGCAAACUUUCCUUUCGGUACCAGCUCAGUAUUGACUGGAUGAGUGUGACUUGACCGUGCGCGCGCGCGUGUUUGUGUUUGUGUGUGUGUGUGUGAGGAUCACAGCCGAACCGAACCGAACCGAACCGGACCUGACCGCGGCGCGGCGCGGCGCGCGGUGGAAUCAUGAGGCGCACCGGAGAAAUGAUGCGUUCGUGCAACACGCAUAUGUAGAUUUUUUUUUUUUUUUUUUAACUCUCUACUCUGCUUUUUCGGAGCUUUGGCUGUUUUCACCAAACACCUGGUUUUACAUCAACUUAAGAGAAACUUUCUCAGUGUUUGGUUUUGUAGUUUGAGCUGAAGACAGAAAAACUUUCAUUCUUCACAGGUCCUGAAAGAACCAAAAAAAAAAAAAAAAUGAAAGAACAUUCACUGGAAGUCGUAACAGUCUAUAAAAUCCUACAUCUAAACAUCUAAACCAACAGCACAUUCCCUACAACGAAACAUGGCUGUGCUUCCAGUAAGGAUCCAGUCCUCCAUCAUGGCUCCUCUAAUUCUCCCCAUGAUGGCCGUCCUCCUGCUUGUCCCAUCCAUCCCAGUCCAAGCCAGCCCGAGGUACGUCCCCGCACUACCCGGCGCCAAACGCGAGAUCAUCAUGGAUGGCGACCUGGUGAUCGGUGGCUUGUUCCCCGUACACGAGAAAGGUGAGGGGACACAGGACUGUGGUAAGAUCAAUGAGCAGCGUGGGAUCCAGCGUCUGGAGGCCAUGCUCCUGGCACUCGAUGAGAUCAACCAGGACAACCGCAUCCUACCAGGCCUCAAGCUGGGUGCCCACAUCCUAGACACCUGCUCAAAGGACACAUACGCACUGGAGCAGUCGCUGGAGUUCGUCCGCACAUCGCUCACCAAAGUGCACCAACCCGGGUUUAUCUGCCCCGACGGGUCCAACCCUGUGCCAGACGAGGCGCCGCUGGCUAUAUCUGGAGUGAUCGGGGGAUCGUAUAGUGAUGUCUCCAUACAGGUGGCCAACCUGCUGCGGCUCUUCCAGAUCCCUCAGAUCAGCUAUGCCUCCACCAGUGCCAAGCUGAGCGACAAAUCCCGCUAUGACUACUUUGCUCGAACAGUGCCACCAGACUUCUACCAGGCAAAAGCCAUGGCUGAGAUCCUGCGCUACUUCAACUGGACCUACGUGUCAACAGUGGCAUCGGAGGGUGACUAUGGGGAGACAGGCAUCGACGCCUUUCAGCAGGAAGCACGUGUGCGCCAGAUCUGCAUCGCCACUUCGGUCAAAGUCAGCCGGUCCAUGAAUCGGGGCAACUACGAGACUGUGAUCCGCUCACUGCAGCAGAAGGCCAACGCCAAAGUGGUGAUCCUGUUCACCCGCAGCGAGGAUGCCAGGGAGCUUCUGGUUGCAGCAGCACGCAUGAAUGUCACCUUUAUCUGGGUGGCGAGCGAUGGCUGGGGGGCGCAGGAGAGUGUGGUGCACGGCAGUGAGAAAGCGGCCAACGGGGCUUUCACCAUCGAGCUUGCUUCCUACUCCAUCCGCGAGUUCGAGGACUACUUCACCAAACUCACUCCAGAGCUCAACACACGCAACCCCUGGUUCAGAGAAUUCUGGGAGCACAAGUUUGGGUGUCGGCUGCACGAGCCAGGCUGCGCCAGACACAGCUUGAGAGAUGGCUCGUUCAAGCAGGAGUCAAAGAUCAUGUUCGUCGUGAAUGCAGUCUAUGCAAUGGCGCACGCUCUGCAUAACAUGCGGCAGGCCGUGUGCCCCAAUACCACACGGGUGUGCGAUGCCAUGAAGCCUGGCAACGGCAAAAGGUUCUAUCGUGAGUUCAUCCUCAAGACCAAGUUUGAUGCUCCAUUUAGACCUGCUGAUACAGAGAACGUGGUGCGCUUCACCUCUUUGGGUGACAGCUUGGGCCGCUACAACAUCUUCCACUAUCGGCAAGAGCACGGAAGGUAUGUCUACAGGAAGGUGGGGUACUGGGCCCAAAGUCUUGUUCUUAACACCAGCAUUUUACACUGGGCUGGAGGAGCAGUGCCCACCUCCCAAUGCAGCGACCCCUGCCAACCAAACGAGGCCAAGAGCAUGCAACCCGGGGACGUUUGCUGCUGGAUCUGCAUCCCCUGCCAAGCCCAUCAGUACCUUCUGGACGAGUUCACCUGUGAAGACUGUGGCUUCGGAGAAUGGCCUCUGGCCAACCUGACUGGCUGCUACGAGCUUCCAGAAGAAUACAUCCACUGGUCAGAUGCCUGGGCUGUAGGACCUGUGACCAUCGCCUGUCUGGGGAUGAUGUGUACCCUGGCCGUGGCUGGAGUUUUUCUACGGCACAAUGACACUCCAGUGGUGAAGGCUAGUGGCCGUGAGCUGUCCUACAUCCUCCUGUUGGGGGUUCUCUUGUGCUAUGCUAUGACCUUCAUCUACAUAACAAAGCCGUCCGCAGUUGUCUGUGCCCUGCGACGUCUCGGCCUCGGCACAUCUUUCGCCGUGUGCUACUCCGCCCUGCUUACCAAAACCAAUCGUAUUGCGCGGAUCUUUGGUGGAGUGCGAGACGGCGCCCAGAGGCCUCGCUUCAUCAGCCCCGCAUCACAAGUGGCCAUCUGCGGUGCGCUAAUCUCUGCCCAGCUGUUGGUGGCAUUGGUGUGGCUCCUGGUGGAGGCACCAGGUGUCAGGAAGGAAGUGAGUCCCGAGAGGCGCGACGUGGUGACUCUGAAGUGCAACAGUCUGGAUUCCAGCAUGCUGGUGUCGCUCACCUACAACUGCAUCCUCAUCGUCCUGUGCACGUUCUACGCCUUCAAGACCAGGAAGUGCCCUGAGAACUUCAAUGAGGCCAAGUUCAUCGGGUUCACCAUGUACACCACCUGCAUCAUCUGGCUGGCCUUUCAGCCCAUCUUCUACGUCACUGCAAGUGACUACAGGGUUCAGACCACCACCAUGUGCAUCUCAGUGAGUCUGAGCGGCUCGGUGGUCCUCGGCUGCCUCUUUGCCCCCAAGAUCCACAUCAUACUGUUCCAGCCGCAGAAGAACGUGACAACGCUGAGGGCCAAGGACAACCGGUUCUCCGCGGCCGCUACAGCCCCCAGCUCCACCUACUCACACGCCUCGGCCGCGACCGUAGUUCCCACCGUGUGCAACGGACGAGAGGUAGUGGACUCUACGACGUCGUCAUUGUGAAGGAGGAACUGCACAACUGCACACGACUGCACACAACUACACACAACUAUACACAACUACACCAUCUCCAGUGAUGUCAUGGAUAAAUCUUUUAUCAAUGCCUCUUCCACCAAGGGUGCUUCUGUCAUCCAUUUCAGGCACUUAAGCUGAAAUUCUAAUAAAUACUUGACUAUCCAAGAGUUCAAUAAUUGAAAAAAAAUCCUGUAAAUGUGACUAUGUGGAAGCAAUGUGCCAGUAUGAACAAGUAAGUAGGUUUGUUGCCACAUGAUGCCAAGAUUUUAAGUUACAAAGCUUCAGUGGCAACUAAUGUUUGAAUGUUUGGAGUUAGGACUUGCUGUAGUAUGGAAAUAAAGUGUAAAACUAUAAAACUCCAGUUCGGAAGCGUCUUUAACGUGACUUUGUCGACAUGCCCUCACCAGUCAGUGGCUAUAAAAAGGCAGUUGGGCGAAUUUCUUAGAUAUUUUUAGUAUUUACAUUUUAAAAAAGUAUUUUAAUUAAGCUCUGUAAAUAUAUAUUACAGUUAUGUUAGAUAUCUAUCUAGAACAGGGGUCAUCAACUGGAGGACCAUGGCCCAGAUGUGGACCUAGCAAAGGGUUUCAGCAGAGGGAACCAAUUACUUAAAAAAAAAAAUUAUUGCAGUUUAUCUAAUCAUAUGUAUUUUUGUAAAUUAUUUAGCUGAAGGCAGCUCAUUGAACCAGAAACUAGCUACAUUGUUCACAGAUUUUUUGCUGUAUUUACCUGCUCUGGUCUGAUCAGUCAACUGAAGAUAUGGUUUGUUUAAAGAAAAGUUGACGAUGAAAACGUUUAAAGAUGACUGGACAAAGAAGUUUGCGUUUAUUCUCCCUACAUCAUUCUAUGGCACUGAUCAAACGCAUUAACAUGAAGCACCACUACGAAACAAAAUUAACUAAUCAUUAAUGGGUAAGAAUUAAAAAGUAAGCAAGAUAGUUUAUGUAACUGGACCUUUACAAACUUUACUUGCAUACUCCUGAUCUACAGUUAUAACCUGCUGGUGCGCUUAACUAGCUAGCUAUGUCACGGCCAAAAUAAAUGUUACGUUAUCUGUCGUCUGUAUGGAGUAACUGGCUGAGUAUCAUAAAUUUAUAUUAAUAUUUUGUAAACAGGGACAUUAUAUUAGAUCACAGUAACUUCUGAAUAAAUACAUAUGAACCCUCAGUCCUCCAAAAGUGUCAUCUAAAAAGUUUUACUUAAGAUAAUGAAGUAUUUGAACAGCCUUCAAGAGGAAAAAGGGGAAUUGGUGAGGGUCAAAGUCAACAAGGGCGUGUUAAAAAAAAUUUAUUUAAAAUACAGUUGUAUGAAGUGUGUUAAUGAAGUGAAUGCUUUACAGUGCACUUUGGAGUUUAAGGAACAUUAACAGUAGAUAUUUGACUUUACAUAUUUAUAAAAUAUGAACGUCACUGAAUGAAGCUUAUCAGGUAACAAUAUUCUUCGUCAGUGACAGACACCGAGACACACACUUUCCACACUUUCAUUUUGCUGUAGGUACAACCCUGGAAAGUUGUUCUUAAAAAUGUAUAAUGUUCUUAGAGCUACAGAAUUUAGGUAAAUUAUUGCAAAAGUAUAUAGACCUAUAUAUAUAAAAUUAUUCUCAGUGUUUGCUGUUAGAUUAGUUCAGUGUAUUUCAUUGAUAGCACUGAGGUUCAGAUAUUGUAUGUGCAAUGAUAAUACAGUAAAUAAACAACUUUUCAGGGGGUGUAUUUACUUUUUCACACCACCGCUCAUGAUUGAAACAUGAAACAGUGGUAGUUAUUAGAUCUGUUUUCAGAUGAUUGCAUUUGUGAACCUGACUUGAAGCAGUGCUCUGGAACGACGAGUGCCGGAGUUCUGCCAUGUUUUCUUCAGUAGCUCAUUAGCAGAUUUGCGUUGUUCUUUACGUGUCGUUAAUGAAAUGUCCCAUGUUUUCUAUCCAUGCACUAGUUUAGUGGCAAUGCAAGAACAAAUCCCUAUAGUCAGUAUUUCCUUUUGAACUUGAAGACUAAAUCUUUAGUGUAUCAGAUUUGAAUAAAGUAUUUGAAAGUAGCUAUAACAAUACAAAAAGGAAUGUGUUUAAAUGUGAACUUUGGUGAACCCGUCAGUGCUAUUCCUGUAAUAUAUGUAAAUAAACUUUUGUA